CAACACCGCCCUGGUGUUUUUGUGUUCCCAGUUCUUGGGAAAAGCCACCCGGUUUCUUUACCUGGUGGUCCUUUACCUUCGGGCCCGGAGAUCUCCAGGUCCUUCUCUGAACGUUUGGCCACGUAGUGCGGCGACGGGCGCGUGGGAGCUGACGCCGGUGGAGCGAUUGUGAUAAGGUUGACAUUGACCGGGGUGGCCAGACACAAGGCGCAGUCACCAACGCGCGCAGCAGGCCCCGUCAGGGGAGCCCCCAAGCCUGCGGUCCAUCAUGAAGUUCCAGUAUAAAGAGGACCAUCCCUUCGAAUAUCGGAAAAAGGAAGGUGAAAAGAUUAGGAAGAAAUACCCGGACCGGGUGCCGGUCAUCGUGGAGAAGGCUCCUAAAGCCAGGGUCCCCGAUCUGGACAAGAGGAAGUACCUUGUCCCCUCUGACCUCACUGUUGGCCAAUUCUACUUCUUAAUCCGGAAGAGGAUCCACCUGAGACCUGAGGACGCCUUAUUCUUCUUUGUCAACAACACUAUCCCUCCCACGAGUGCUACCAUGGGCCAGCUGUAUGAGAACAAGCCUAAGACCAUGAAGAGUUCCCAUUAUCUGAGGACAGUGAAUGAGUCUGAUUGUAAAGUUAAGGACAACCACGAGGAAGACUAUUUUCUGUAUGUGGCCUACAGUGAUGAAAGUGUCUAUGGGAAAUGAGGCAGAAGCCCAGCAGAUGGCAGCACCUGGACUUGGGGGUAGGGGUGGGGUGCUCGUGGGACUUGGGGAACCAGAGGGAGGGCUCCCAACCAUGGAGGAGACGCAAGGUGAAGACAUCGGAAAACAUCACACCGCACACACUGUCGUCUUUUUUUCACAAGCUCAGUUGUUAGUUUUCUCUGCUUCCUCAGCCCAGGAAGAACUUGUGUUGGAUUGGCUGUGAGAGCGGGAUCAGGACGGCAUUACUCGCAGCUUUGUUGUGAAUUUUCGUGCAAUUUCAUCAGACGGUUGGGAGGAGGGCAGGUGGCCGCUAGAAAAGAAUAUUUGAUUUUUGGCAUUUGCACAAGCCACAUAGGGAAAGGGGGAAAUGCUUUAGGAGCUGUAGGGGACCAUACCUAAAGGACCAAAAAAUACCCACUGUCAUUGAAGCAUUGUGACCCCUGACCUCUGUCUCCAAUUCCUCCCUCUCCUGGUCCUUUUCUUCCACACGGGUGCCUCACAGCAUCGCCCCAGUUGUGGAAGUGGUCAUUCGGACAGAUGUUUAGAUGGAGUCCUCUUGAGAAAUGGGGUUGUGUGGGAGUGUGGUUAUGAUCGCCAGUAGUUUAGAUGGCAUUAAACGGGAUGCUCCUCAUCCCUUAAAUACCUUAGAAUUUCAUGAGCCUUGGAAUGAGUCCUCUAGCAUUUCCUUCAGCCUUCUCAUGAACAGGGACAGAGUGUCUACAUACGGAGGGUCCGGAUUGCAAGGUAAGCUAGAUUACACACCUGCCGCCUAUCUUCUCCCCCUCCUCCCCGCCCCCCUGUAGGCUCUUGAGUCUCAUGCACACUGGAAUGCUAAGUGAUUGGCCAGCUGUUUCCCUCCAUGCCAUCUGCUCUUCAGAGAAGAUGGAGUGAGGACUCUGGCGUUUUACGGGGAUUUUACUCAUUCAGUUUCAUUUAGGGGCUAUGUGGGGAGCUGGUGGGAGCAGGAAGUGCAUUCACCCAUUACAUUUCAAUUCAUCUCUACAAAUGAAGGGCGUCCUCCCUGUUGGGAGCAGUCUGUAUGUCUGCUCUGUCAGCUGCAGGUUCUGAUACUUUGAAGUCAAUGCUGUCGGGCCAGGGAAAUAAAACAAUUGCUUACCUUAAAAAAUC